AUGGAGAUCGACGCGGUGGGGUGUGAGUCUCGGGCUGCCAAAAUUGACCAGGCACAGCUGGGGCUACCGGUGGCAGUCAUGCCUCCCGACCUUGAUGCAAUUCGCGGCAAUCUUUUUCUGGAGAUCUGUUCUGGGCCAAAUCGGCCUCUGUCUGCUGCCGUCCUGGCGAAAGGUGUUCCAGUGCUUUCGAUCGAUAUUCUUUUGCAUGAAGAUCACAACUUGUUGAAUGACUCCACUUAUGACAGCCUCAUGCGGCUAUGCUACAGCGGACAGGUCAAUCUGGCACACGCCUCUCCACCUUGUACGGAGUACUCCAGGCUGAAGCUCCGGGCAGACGGUGGCCCCAGGGCGAUUCGCACUCCAGAACACAUGUCUGGCGUUCCUGAUUUGAGUCCGUCAGAGCGGCAACGUCUGGAGCAAAGUAAAAAAGUGCUGGUUCGUACAAUCAAUUUGCUGCUGGCAACAUACUGUGCUGGAGGGCAUGUUAGUCUGGAAAACCCUUUGAACAGCAUGGCAUGGUUGGAGCAGGAAGUCCGAGAAUUUCUGCAACACAUCAACGCGGACCUGAACUGUGUGGCUGCUUGUGGCUACGGUAUGGAUGUACUGAAGCAGUGGUGUUUCGCAUGCAGUUUUCGGGAUCUACAGCAGAUUGCAUGUAGUUGUCAACACGAUCCUCAGUCGCAUGCACAGGUGGCAGGGAUUGUUGACAAAGACGGCGUUUACGCUUCAAGAGCCACAUCGGAGUUUCCGGUACAGCUCGCACAGGCCUAUGCAGAAGCUGUUCUUCCUUUGUUCGAGACUUCGAGCAAGCCGUACACCAUUUCUCUUGAACAGGUUAGGUUUCUUCGAACUCACAAAACCAAGGAGGAACUUCCCCGAAGCACACAGGACGGAGGUGGGAUCUACUCAAUGCCGGAUUGGAGUUUUCCUCCGAGCGGCUGCAAGGACCUCCUAGGGGGAGUGCGUAAGCAGCUUGUGGAGUACCUUUUCCACAUCAGGGAUAGGCUCUGGAACCUUCUUGAAGAUUCCGGCUGCACUUGCGUGAGGGAGCUUCGUUUGCAUUUUCAUACUCCUUGGCACCUGGCCUGCUCAGUGGACAGCUUAGAGGAUUCAGUGGUCCUGGCCGAGCAGGUCCUUCCGUCUGCUGUGUCCUCAGACCAUAAGAGAGCUGGUGCGCUUAUUUGGGGCUGGCUCCGGGAUCAAACUGACUUGCUGAAGCGGGUGCAAGGUAGACUAAAGACGAAGGCUACGAGGAUUGUGGCGCCUCCUUGUGGUGAUGUUUCUCCUGGUGAGGUUUAUGCACAAUUGGUGAGCGGCAGCCUUGAGUUAACGAAGCAAACCAGCCGGGCUCAUGCGAGAUGGAUCUCGGGUGGGGCUGGUACGCCAGCUGAUGCUGAGAAGGCUGCUAGAAAGUUCUGGGGUACAGUCUUGGUACAAAUUAUGGUGGAGGCUAAGCUUCCCAUCGUGGAUAUUCCGGUUGAAAGUGAGGAACAAAGGGUUCUGUAUGCUUUGAGGGCACUGGGUACCCGUCGCUCGAAGACUUUGAGGAACCGGGCACGAGCCUGGCGCAAGGCUCGGAACUGGAUGCUUUCUGUGAAGUCCGUUGCUUUCCCGCGGCGUCCGAGUGACGUUGUGGACUAUCUCCUCUUCUUGGAGCAGGAGUUUUCCAACUUUGUUUCCUUUGAGUCUUGCGAAUACCUUGUCGUAUCCGCAUUUCUUCUCAAGGGAUUCUGGAGCGACUUCUUCAAGCCCGUUAUGACGACUGACGACCUCUUGUCUUUUCCCAGGUUUGAUAGGUUAAGCCCUCCGGUGGAGUUCCUGCAAGAGGCUUUAGAAGCGGAUGAGCUGCCUGGGCCCAAACGCGCUCGCAAAGCUGUUACCGUCACCUUCGAGCGAGUUGUGUUGAAUCGUGCUGUGAUCUCCUGGAGAGAUCAGCGAGAAGCCGACUUGAGCAGAGCGCUUAUCAAGUGGUGUAGAGUUUUUGCAAGCUGGGACAGUGAAUCUUCCCCUGUCACCCGUCAGCUUCAGGAAGCCGCAUCGCCUGAGGCCUGUCAUGACCUCCUGGGAGAUUAUUUGGCCCGCAAAGCUCCCAGUACAUGUCUCAAGCGCGCAAAUAGCAUGUUGAUGUUGGGCAAGUCUGUAGCUUCCGAAGGCUUAACAAUGCCCAUGCAGGAGCCUUCUCUUUACUCGAUUUUGAGAGAUUGCAAAACCGGUGGUGCAUCCUUGUCAGCUUUGCGAGGCAUCAUGGAGGCGAUCACUUUCGUGCACUUUACAUUUGACAUUUCGACUUUGCAUGCCAGUGUCAAGAGCAAGAGGUGUUGGGGCCUGUCCUCAGCCAAGCAAGCCACUCUUGCCUCUAAGGCAGACCCUUUCACAGUUGAAGAAAUACUUGAGAUGCAUCGAAUCCUUUACGAAGGGGAUGAUCUCUGGGAUCGUCUCAUGUGUGGAGUGUCCCUCUACUGCAUCUACGCCAGGUGUCGAUGGAGCGACUUCCAACAUGUUGACUCGCUCUCUCUGGAGUGCAACGACCAGGGCUUUGCAGAGUUCGGCUCAGCUUUCAUCGAUGUGCAUAAGACAAUGAACUUCUCCUCAAAACUUCCGAAGUGUCUCGAGCUAGUUGCGGUAGGCCGUGGCCUCGAUGGCAAAGAUUGGCUCUGUGUGUUCAUGGAGGUUCGAAAGGCUUUAGGCGUCGAGUACAACAAAGGGUAUCCAAGCAUGCCCGCCCCCGACAAAUCUGGCGCCCCGACGGUCAGGGCUUUGGGAUCUGACGAAGCAGGUGCGUGGCUCCGAGAGCUAUUGCCUGGGCGUGAAGGCCGUCGCACCACCUCCCACAGCUUGAAAGCCACUCUUUUGUCUUUUGCAGCUAAGAGAGGGUUAGCUCACACUGACCGGCUGGCCUUAGGCGGGCAUUUCCAUGGGGCUCACAUGGCUGAUGUAUAUGCGCGGGAUGCCUUAGCACGCCCAUUGCGACUUCUGGCGGGCAUGCUGUCUGAAAUCAGGCUAGGAAAGUUUGCACCAGAUGCUGGCAGGGCUGCUCGUUUUCCUGGGCGCACCAAUGAGGAAUUGAUAGGGGCCGAGCUGCCCACAGGUGCCCAUGCUGCUCCCACUGAACCUCCGCCGCUAGGUGAUGUCCAUCUUGGCAGCAGCAAUCGCGAUUGCAGCGCUAGGGGUCUUGAAAGCUUCUCUCAGUGGGAUCUAGUCUCCUUGGGGGCACCGUCACAUGCAUCGAGGGCUGAGAAGUCGGAGGCGUGCACUUCCCAUGCGGGAGGUGAAGUCAUGAGUGUCAAAUCGGACGGAACAGAACCUCCGAGUCCCGAUUUUUCUGAGGGUGUUGGCGACCUGAGCUUUAAGCUUGAUCGAGAGCCGCAAGGAUCCUUUGAGAUAGUUCCGGAAGACAUCUCCGAAGUCAAUCCCGAUGACGGUGUCUCCUCUGACGGAGACACGUCGUCGGAAGGCUCCUCAUCCGAGUCGUCUGAUUCUUCUGAGGGAGAACAUCCGGAGCCCAGGCUGAUGCCCCCGCCUUCGCCUCCUGAAGGUACCUUCUUCAUGCAGCAUCGCAAGCUCAAAACUCUGCAUUUGUUGUUGGCCGGGCACCGCAGCUUCACACUGUGCGGAAGACCGUUGCAAACUGGCGACAGCCCCUUCAUCGCUGCUUUUGCAGCUAGGUGUAAGGAGAUAUGUGGCGACGAUUCCCUUCACACAUUGCUGCAAGCCUCGGGGGUGCGAACUCACUCAGCCUUGGCCUUCAGUUGUGGAACUCCGAAGGCCCAACCCACGGAAGCAGAAUUUAAGGCCUUUGCUGAUUCCGUUGUCGGGAGCCCAGCGUCCAUAGGCCGCGUGAGCCAGCUCAAAAGACUCCAUUUCGAAUCCUCGACUUUGGUCAUUGCCCAGUUGCGCGCACUCGUAGAAGGGGAUUCAACAGAAGCUGGAAAGAGACUUCCGGCAGCGGAGAAAUCCGCCCGACUUGCGGAUGCCAAGAAGCGUUUGAAAGGCCUUGUCAUCGAGGAUGAGAUGGAGCCAAGUCAUGCCCUCAUUGACGCAGUUUCCCACAUGGGCGAGUCGAAUGCGGUGGUUUGGAUCCCACCGUCGAAGUGCACUAAGAGGGAUGCCGAACUCAAGCUAGGGCUUCGCGACAAGCAAAAGUACUUGACUGUUCAGGAGCAAUCAGUCACCUUGGCCCCGGCUCCAGAUAAAAUCGUCGCUGAGCAUGGGACUCCCUUGGAGGUCCAAUGGUGUCUCCAGCGCCGAGGCUUGGCUUUCUUCAUGUGCGGCUUCAUGGAGUGGGAGACUCACGAGAAGUGGGUCGCGUCUCUGCUGAGAUGUUUGUCCUCGGAUGUUCCUCCGGGAUACGCACCCAUUUCGAUGCAGCAAAUUUUGCGUGCAGAUUCCGAAAUCUUCUUGCUUUUAGCCCGUGAGGUCGAGCGUGUCAAACCUGACAGCAGUGGUGUGAUGGAGAUGGAUGUUCUUAUGAAUCGGUUCCGUCAUGACCCUCGGAUCACCACCUAUCUCCAGCCACUUCAGCGUGGAUCAGCCUCUCAGGGAGAGUUGAAGUCAUGCCCGUACCAUGCUGAUUCUUCAGGCCACCGGUUCUGUUGGCAGUUCAAUCUCGGUAAGUGCAAUGCCGAGUGCAAGGGCAAAGGCAAAGGCAAGAAAGGCAAGGGAAAGGGCGACAAGAGUGAUUCGUCUUCCCCAGAGGAGCACCGUGACCUCAGGAAUCUUCCUGGAUCCUUGAAUGGCGUUGACUUGCUGGUCUCAGCAGGGCCCGUCACAUUUGAUGCGACGGUUGAGCACGAAACUUUAGACUGGACCAACGGUGUUACCGAGGCACCUGCCUCGGUUCCAGCACUCAGCCAUACGACCACAGCUGCCUCUGAUGCUAUCUCUGGAGUCAUUAUAGAUGUAUUCGCUGGCGAUGCCGCCUUUUGCAAAGCCGCGCACAAAGCCGGCUUUAGAGCCCUAGCCUUCGACCUUAAGCCUCAGCGUGCCCAAUUCCCAAUUCAACCUCUCGACAUAACGCAGGCCGACGAGCUUGCGGUGCUCCUGGAGGUGAUUUCCGAGCACGCCGGUGCUACGUCAUUGGUGCAGUUCACUGUCCCGUGCUUGAGUACCUUCUUCACGUCAAAGACUGGCUCAUGGAGUUUCGCCGAGUUGCUGGUGGAUGCUGUCUUCCAGCUUUGCUCGCAUUGCAGGGCUGUGGGAGUUCCUUUUGCGAUUCUGCACCCUGCUACGUCGCGCUUCUGGCACAUGCCGUCUUGCCAACACUUCUUCCAAGCUGCCGACGGUGAAUGGACUACAUUUGACCAAUGCAUGCAUGGAGGGGCCCAGGUCGAUGAUGUCUUGUCGAGCCCCUGGACAUGGGCCACUAAGCAUUGCAAGCACGAUGCGCACACACCAACCAAGGAUUUCUCUGAUGUCUGCGGCUUAUUGCCUCCGACAGAGCAUUCUCCAGUGCUUGAAGUUGUAUGGAUUGGCAUUCCCCGUGAACCGGAUGACUUUUUACGUCGAGCUGUGGCAGCCGGUCACCCAAAAUCCCUCCUAGAUGUCGAAGCCGAUCCGCACAUGACCUUGCUGAUAGACAACCUUCUGAACAGCAAUGUCAAACAGCCAGACAAAGGUUUGCAUGAAGUUCGGCGAUGGACCGAGCUACGGUCGGACCUCUCCGAAUCCCAGGAGGUGUGCAAAAAGGAGUGGCCCAUUCAUGUGGCGCAGGUUCUGGAUGAAAAGCCAACUCUGUUGAUGGACGAAUUGCUCACCCAGCACGACUUUCCAGAUCGCCACCUUGUGAAGCACAUGACGCAGGGGUUUAGGCUUACGGGCUGGGUUUGUAGAUCGGGUCUUUUUCCCUUUGACCCUAAGCCUCCCGCCUCCACCUUACAAAGUCAGCUCUCUAUGGCCAAGUCCAGAAACACCGCCACCUUGACGAAGCUCUCCAAGCAGGCUCCUGAUGAGGUGUCUCGUCGUGCCUGGGCUGAAACGCUUGAAGAAGUUGACAAAGGUUGGAUUGAGGAAGACGAAAACCCAGAUCUUUCUACGGUCCUUGUUGCCAAGCGGUUUGGGCUUUUACAAGGUCCAAAGGUCAGGGUCAUAGACGACUGCCGUGCUUGUGCUUACAACUUGUUAGCAGGCAUCCCUGAGAAAUACAGAUUACAGAGCGUCGAAUACAUCGCUGCCUUCCUCUUGCGAGCCAUGCUUGACCCUCGCAGCAAAGGCGUUAGCAUCUCAGGGAAGACACUUGAUUUGACUGCGGCGUACAAACAGUACGCCACACAUCCCUUCGAUCGUGACCUUUUACGGAUUGGCGUCAAAGACACUUCAAGCGGACACGUUCGCACUUUCAAAGUGAAUUCCUUGCCUUUCGGAGCUACGGGUAGUGUGUCAAGCUUUCUCCGAUGUGCAGCUGCGAUCUGGUUCUUGGGAUCCCAUGCAUUGGGAAUCCCAUGGACCAACUACUUUGACGAUUUCCCGAUCUUCUCCAAAGAUUCCGACUGCGACCUAGUGGAAGAAGUAGCCACCAGUUUUCUUGACCUUUUGCACGUGUACUUUGCACGUGCUGGCAAGAAAGCCACUGUGUUUACAAAGGCUUUCAAAGCGCUCGGCCUUAUCAUCGAUUUGAGCCAUUUCGGCGAAGGAUAUGUGACCAUCGGUCAUACUCAAGAACGUGGGGAUGAGCUGCGUGCGACAAUCACCCGCAUUCUUGAGUCCAACCGCCUUUCGCACGCUGAAGCCGAAAGCUUGCGAGGCAGGCUCCACUGGUACACUUCCUUUCUUUUUGGACGCAGAUCUUCUCAAGCUUUGAACGUCCUGAGCGACUGGGUAAAUCGAAGUGCAUCAAAAGGCGCGCUGCCUACGGAACUCCGAGAGUCCCUCACGUUCCUCAGGGACGUUGCUCUCCAUUCUGAGCCGCUGAAAAUUUCGAGGAGUUUGCAGCGAACUUUCUUGAUUUUUACUGACGGCAGCCUGGAGGGAAACUUUGCUUGUGUGGGAGGUAUUCUACACGAUAGCCAAGGCGUGCCCCUAGCCUUUUUCUCGGUCAAGCUGAACCAAGAAAGAAAUAAGAGUGCUCUAUCUGUUCUGGAGGAUGCAGGGCAGGUUCCUUUGGCGAGCCAGUUGUGCAAGGACAGAUUGGUGGUUGCUGCCUCGAAGAGCUCAGAGGCGGAAGUUCAUGUGGGGGUCACGAACAAGAAGCAGGUGGCUGAGGUUCCCUUCUUUGUGGGUCGGGAUGUGGGAUUGUCUGGUCGUGAUUGGCUGCUCUCGGGUUUCGACUUGUGGAAGGGCCUUGGACAGCUGGACAGGACUUUCUUGGUGUUCCAGUCAUCCGAAGAUUUUGAGGAGCCGAUUUUCAAAUUUGCAAAACCGGAGGUCAUCAGCAAUUACAUGCGUUUGAUCUGGCGACAGCUGAAAGUUCCUUUUCGCAAGAUUGGUGAACACGUGUGGAAAUCGAGGGCUGAAGGGACCCUCCUUGGUGACGAGUGUUAUUUGUUCUGGACGGGACAUAGCAUGCGUCAUGUUCUCCCAACCAUUGCUGCUGUUCUGGAGGUUCCGAAGGAACGGCGCGAUUACUUAGGUCGCUGGCACAUUGGUCUGCAUCAGAGUUCUGAUUACAUUCAUACCUGCCGUCAGAUUGUGCAUGACAUUCAGCGCCGUGUGUGCGACAAGUUGUCGGGUGGCAAACCCGGGUACGACGAGGAGGAGCUGUUUGAUGAGCUGCGCGAGUGGCUCCGCGAUCGGGGUUCUGAUCCUGAUCCGUGGUUGAGGCUUCAUGCUGUGAUGCGCACCGUUUCUGGCUGCAAGGUAUUGAAUCAGACUUGGCCUUUAUUGGCCGAUUUCACCGACGGGAAUCUCCUUUCUGGGUUAGCAUCAGCAGGCAUUCUGGUCAUCGUCGGCUGCACAUUAGGAAUGGAGAAAGUGGAUCCGUCCUCGAGUUCGGGGGAGUCUUCGUCGACCGAGCUCGGGGAGCCGGCUGAGGAUAAUUUCAUUCUUUCAGUACUGUCAGUCUUUAGCUUCGCUCGCCUCGGAGCGACAAUGGCGGCCGAUCCUGCGGCACAGCGUCAGUUCUUGAAAGAUAACGUCGAUGCCGACUUUAUCUUCCUUCUGGAAGAGCAUGGUGUUGACUUAGCGUUGCAGUACGCCAUUGGUCAGCAUUACAGGAGUAUCAGGACAUUUGCUGCAUUUGCCGAUGAUAGGGGGGCGGCUCGGACGGCCAUCACCGCUGACUUCGGCGUUCGAGCCGAGAGUGCUGCAGAUCGUGCUAGGAUGGCGUGUGUCAUCACUUCUUGGGAACUUCGUGCUGAGGCUAAGGUGUUGGGGGUCCAGAAGCCCCUCGUCUCUUCCGAUCGAGCGGCUAUGCGCGCUGCUUUGGAGGCGGUAAGGGGCUACUCUGUUCCAGAAUCUGAGGAGCCUGCGCCUGAGUACCUCGCACACAAGCUUGAGCAGAUUGAGAAUGGCGAGCCCACCGCUAGUUAUCUUGAUGAGGUUAUUUCGCGUAAGGAGUCCAACUCUUUGCAGCUCCAGACUUCGCUGGACAAUCAGGGUCGCCUUCGUGUUAUGCGCCAGAAGCCCAAGGGGAAGCUCCCGCAGAACACUGAGGAACGGCGAGCGAAGAUUCGGCUCGAGGCAUCAACAUGGGUGAUGUUGGCCGCGAAGUGUCGCGGUCGUGCUUAUUUGCAGGGAUUGCAGUUGUCGCAUUUUGAUCGUUUCUUGGAAUAUCUUCUGGGAGACAAGUGCUACAGCAUGCAAGUCGCAUCUGCGGCUCCCAUGAGUUCUUCUGCACAUGCUGAUCGUCACACUUUGUCUGUGCCCUGGAAUAUCUUGCUUCAGUAUGAGUUCGAGCUUCGUAAAUGGGCCAUCAAGGAGGCGCAUCGUUUGAGUGCCCCGCUGGGUGACAAGCUUCAUGAGGCUACCACCAACACCGAGCUCAAGGAGCUGCAUUUUACGCCUCAGGUGGCAUUGUCUCGACGCUCGACCGGCGCCGACCCUCCGCCGCCAAAGUGGCCUCGCAAGGGUGACGGCAAGAAGGGAGAAAAGGGCGGUAAAGACAAAGGUGGCAAGGAUGGAAAGGGCAAGGCCGAUGGCAAGAUCAAAAUCGGCGAGUCAUGGUUCGAUCUGGUCUCGAAGUCAAGGGAUGUCAGCGAGUUCACGCGUGCAGAGUCAAAGGCGGAUGUUCGCGCCUGGCUGGAGGUCCUAUGCACGUCACAGAACAUCAUUUUGGAGAUGUCCGAAGUCGACAUCUGCCGUGACCCAAGUAUGGAUUUACUGGACUCUGCAGUGGCUGAUCGGUGCUUGCUUCAAGUCCAAAAUUCGGAGUGGGACGUGGUCUUGGUGACUCCGCCCUGCAAUACCUUCUCUCGGGCACGAUGCGUACAGCCGGGUCCUCGGCCACUGAGAUCACGUAUUUACCCUGCGGGUUUUCCUUGGCUUUCAGACUCACAUCGUGCUGCCGCGGAUAAUGGCAAUCAGUUCGUUUCCUUUUCUUUUCAGAUCUGCACGGCUGCCCUUUCGAAUUCUAUUCCUUUUCUGUUGGAGCACCCAGAAGACCUGGGUAUGACAACCACCGGUCACACACCGGCAUCUAUUUGGCAAGUUCCAGAAGCUGCUGUGCUCUUUACGCACGAGCAGGUCGUGACUUUUGCGAUUUAUCAGUGUCACUACGGAGCACACACGCCUAAACCCACCAGGUUUCUUUCUUCUAUCGCAGCCACCUCUGGCAUGCGAUUCAUGGGGCCUCCUCGAUUUGAUUCUGCGGACAAGUAUCUGGGGCCUCUGCCCAAGUACUGUGGCCACCGGCAUUCCAAUCGCCUUUUGGGUGCCGCCAACACUGCUGCUGCUGCCGCUUAUCCGCCUAAUUUAUGCAAGGCUAUCGCUUCGUGGACCUUCUCCGUCUUCGAUGGGGGAGGAGGUGCACCCUCGGAGGUUGCGACUGUACCUGAACAGGACGACAUUCCAUUCAGUGAACUGAAGUCUGGUUGCGAAGGCCCCCCGAUGGUGGGGGAUUUCGCUGGGUCCUCGGAUGAGUUCGUCGAUGGGUUUGGUCGCUGCUCUCCUGGUCGGUGGAAGCCAUGCAACCGGGGCACGGCGAUGUCCGCUGAAGCCUUAGACUUUGCGCAGCGCUUGAAAGAGAGGGUCAGGAUGUUCGUCGUGGAGUGUGUUCCAGACUUGGCGAAGUCGACUUUUCGUCUGGCGACGGGACACUGGAACGGGCCGCUCUUUGACCAGGGUCGCUUGGAAAAACUGAGGGAGGACUGGUUCAACAUGCUGCCUGAUCCCAUCCGGGCUCGGGAGAUGAUUCCUCAUCAACCCUUCUACUUGAGGGCGAUUUCUCAGACUCUUCGGAUUCUUGGGGACCCAGACUAUCGCAUCAUCGAGGAGGGGGAGUUCUGCUUCGUGAACGGUGACGAGAAAGAUCAGAAGUACCAUGAGUCAACUUGGCAGCCGUUGAUGCAGAACUAUCGUGAUGGGGCUGAAGUCGAGAAGGCCUUGGAGGAGGCUUUCACCAAAGAAGAGGCAGAAGGACGCAUGUUCCCACUUUCUUUGGCGGAGGCGAAAGCACGCUUCCCUGGUCCUGCGCUUCGCAUUGCCGCUCAAGCAGUGAUUCCGAAACCUGACCAUGAGUUCCGUGUGGUUCAUGAUGGGACCCACGAGGUUCACGUCAACAAUGAGAUUGUUAUGCUUGACCGUCUUGAAUCGCCUGGGCCGAGGGAGAUUUCUUCGAUUCAGAAGCUGGGCAUGGUGGCAGAAGAGAAAGUCCUGUUCGGACUUGUGGGAGACGUGAAAAAGGCGCACAGGCGAUAUUUGCACCACCCAGAGCAUUGGGGGGUGCUCGUGUGUAGAGCGCGGAGCGAUUCAUCAGUUGUAUGGCUUAACCGCACAGGAACUUUCGGAAUUGCUUCGGCGGCCUAUUGGUUCGCCCGCUUGAUCGGUCUGGUGGGCCGUUUGUCUCUUAGAGUUAUGCUUCAGGCUUUUGUUUUCAUGCUUAUUUAUGCAGAUGACCUACACCUGCUCAGCGGCGGUUCAGAUCGAUGGCUCAACCUCUGGAUGUCCCUUGCCCUGUUGUGCAUGCAGGGCACACCCUUCUCGGAGAAGAAGUGGCGCGGGGGACUGCAACUUGAUUGGGUCGGUUACUGGAUUGAUUAUGGCCGCUUUAAGCUUGGGAUUUCGGAGAAGAGAUGCCAGUGGAUCAUCCGAUCGAUUGAGGGCAUGGAGGGAGACAGCUGGCUUGUGGACGUUCGCCGUUUUCACGAACUCCAUGGCCGGCUAGGCUUUAUGUCGCAAAUCUUGAUAUGGAUCAGACCCUUCCUUGCGCCGGGAUACGCAUGGCUCGCGGUGGUCAGCAAAGGUGCUGUAUUGGCACUGCCCAACUUGAUCCGCUGCACCCUGCGAUUCAUUCUUGAUCGGCUCCGCGCAGGUUCACGAACGUAUCCUGCGGGGCUGGCGGAUAAGGAUUACGGGGAACUAUUCAGAACCGACGCUGCUUGCAACUCUGACUCUGUGGUUCUAGGCGGUUGGAAGGUCUUGGGAGCUCCUGGGCCGGCCAGUACCUCUGCUGAACUGCUAUCCUCGCUGGUAGCGCUUCAUCUGCUGGAGAGGGAUUUUCCCGAGGUGUUUUCAUGUCCUGGCUCUUUCAGGGCCUGCUUCGCUGGUGGAACAGACAACAAGUCGGCGGAUGCCAUUUCUGCCAGACUUCUCACGACAAAGGUCCCUGUGAUGUUUGUGCUGAUGGAAUACGCUCACCGCUGCGACUUGGCCGGGGUCAGAUGUCUCUUGAACUGGAGGCCACGUGAUGCGAAUCAGGAGGCGGAUAGGAUCACGAAGAAUGAUUUCUCAGAUUUCUGUCCGGGCCUUCGGGUCACUGUCAGCUGGAGUGAGUUGAACUUCUCAGUGCUCCCGUCUUUACUCCGAUUCGCGAACUUUCAGAGCACUCUGGAUGAUGCACGGUACAAGCAGCAAUGGUUCAUGCAACAGGGUGUGCAAUCAAUCGAUUGGAGCGUGGCUGAGCAUCAGCCUUACUCGCUGCUGGCUUUGCAAAGCCUCUCUCGAGCCUUGCAAGAUAGAGAUGAUGAACUCUUUCCAGCAUUGAUUGCGGGUGUUCCCACAGGCUUCUUCUCGGAUAUCCCGUCCAGUCAUGUUUUCGUUCCGAAGCACAAGGAUGACUCUUCAGAAACCCCGGCGGAGCUCGUGAUCUGUGAUCGCAACUGGAAGGGGGCCAGGGAUAAUCCUAAAAUCCUUUCGGAAUUGAUCGAUAAGGAGAUUUCAGAGGGUUUUCUUGAAGAGCUUGAUCUUGCUUCAGCUCAGCAGCGUUGGGAGAACAUCGCAGUUGCCAAGCUCAACGUGGUUUUGGCGGACAAUCGCAAGCCGCGCUUAAUCAUGGAUGGGACGGUUUCUGGAGUCAACUCUUUUUGCUUCUUGAAUGAGCGAUGCUGUCUGCCCUCGCUUAAAGACGUGCGCUCUGCAUUCCCACUGCGCAUGAACAACGAGGACUUGUCAGCAUUCAGCUUGGACAUUCGCGCGGCUCACAAAACGAUCCGCAUUCGGGAGAAGGACCGGGGUUUGGCGGGGAUCAAGCUUGAAGACGGACGACACCUGUGGUACCGAGUGUGCCCAUUCGGCACAGGUUUCAGUGCUCUGUGGUGGGCACGAUUGUCUGCUUUCAUGAUCCGAACCUGUCAUCUCUUGAUCUGGUUGUGUCACGCUUUAGGCAUCUUUGUCGACGACCUAUUGCUGUGGCAAGGUGACAAAGCAAUCGAGAUCUCAGGUUGCCUCAUCCUCAGCUUUUGCCAAGCAUACAAUGUGCCGCUAUCGUGGCACAAACUGCAGUGCGGGUAUAGAGUGAAGUGGAUAGGAUGGCUAUUCAGUUUCAGAGCAGGGACUUUCAGUCUGCCAACCGACAAGAUUGAGAAGAUUCUUCGUUCAGUGCGGGUUGUUCUGCGGCCAGGCAACGUGGAUCGCUGCGAUCUUGAAAAAACGGUGGGUUUGCUUCAGUGGGUAAGCCAGAUUUCUCCUGAACUCCGCCCCUGGAUGGCAUUCUUGUAUUCGGAUCUGCAUAGACCGGUGGCAACAAACCAUCAUGUGGAUUCUGGCGAGUGGCACUUGCUGCAUGAGUACUUGGAUGAUAACCUGCGGUUCACCAGCCAACCUCCGGGCACAGCUAUUCCACAAGCCCAUUGGAGCAGUGCCUGCACCUUCCUCCACGGAGCAUUGCCUGGCUCACCCGUCUUAUGGUUCAGCGGGCGCUUUGAGAAAUCGGAUUUCGAUGACUUGAACAUCCCUCUCGACAACAACACUCAGAAGAACAUUGGUUGCUGGGAGCUCCUGGCUCAAAUUGCUCUGGCACUCCUUUUUGCAGAGACUUGCCCGGGCGGACGAUGCAGGCUUCAGCUGCGUACUUUCUGCGACAAUGCCUCUGCACAGGCAUCGGCAAAUCGUUUGAUGACUACGUCAUCCCCGCUCUGCUUCUUCGCUCAGCAACUGGCUUUUGUCGCUUUUAGACACGGGAUUACCCUGGACGUGCACCACAUUUCGGGCUUCCGCAACGAGGAGGCAGAUUACCUGUCCCGCUGGAACGGCACGGAUCCUUUAGUGCCAGAGUUUGCUGCAAACUUUCGCUAUCGCUACCCGGUCAAACGCAUGUGGCAAUCUGACCAUGAUGUGAGAGUUUUCCCAGAGGGCACUCGUCUCCUGUGGAGUCCUCCGUGA